AAAGAAUAACUAUUUCCUUAUCUUCAAUAUUAAAUAAUUUGUAUAAAUUUUCUUGUUUUGUUCUCACCAUUCCUACGUCGAACCUCUCCAUUAACAUACACAUACACCAUAGCCAAUUCCUUCUCUUCAUCAACAUUCUUGUUAAUAUUUCUCAAAGGAAUCUCAGAAAUAAUUUAUACACGUGGAAUCUACGCAUCUUCACGCAGAAAAAAACAAAAUUGAAAAAAAAGAUUGAAAUAAAAUGGAGAGAGAUAGAGAGAGAGGGAGACUACAAAGGGUUGUAGAGUAGAGGAACUGCUACGACCGAAGAUAUUUGAAGUUUUUCUAUCUGGAUUAUUAGCAUUUGAAGAUUUGUGAUAAUGGGGUUUGUGCAGCUCUUGUAUGUAGCUUCUUUGCCAGUAAUAAAAGUAUUAUUGAUUACAGCACUUGGUUUGUUUCUUGCAAUUGAUCAAAUAGAUGUAUUGGGAGCAGAUGCAAGGAACAAAGUGAAUAAUCUUGUAUUUUAUGUGUUUAAUCCGUCGAUGGUUGGUAGCAAUUUGGCAGAAACAUUAACAUCUGAGAAUGUUCUUAGUUUGUGGUUCAUGCCAGUUAAUAUUCUUGCCACAUUCAUAUUAGGCUCAGCUUUAGCAUGGAUUGUGAUAAAGAUCACAAGGCCUCCAAAGCACUUGGAAGGUUUAAUAUUAGGUUGCUGUUCUGCAGGAAAUUUAGGAAAUUUGCCUAUAAUCAUUAUUCCAGCUAUAUGUAAAGAGAAAGGAAGUCCUUUUGGUGACCCUAAAACCUGCCAUAAAUAUGGGAUGGCUUAUGUUUCACUUUCUAUGGCGAUUGGUGCAGUUCUGCUAUGGACAUAUGUUUACAACAUUAUGAGGAUUUCAUCAAGUAGAGCCAUGAUGACUUCAGGGGUGAUAUCAGAAUCACAACAAAACAAUAUUGCAGUUGUAAAAGAUACCCCAAAUGAUGCUUACACCUUACUACUUCCAAAUACAGAAUAUGAGGAAAAGGUUUGGUUCUCAGAUAAAAUUAAGCGCAGUUUGUGGAAGAUUUCAAGAAACCUCAAUUUCAAAACCAUUUUUGCACCAUCAACCAUUGGAGCAAUUAUUGGGUUUUGCAUUGGUGUAAUAAAUCCAAUACGUAAGUUAAUGGUUGGGAAUGAUGCUCCAUUACAUGUGGUUGAAGACUCUGCAUCCAUGUUGGGGGAAGCAGCCAUACCUACUGUCACCCUCAUAUUGGGUGCAAAUCUUCUAAAAGGUUUGAAGGGUACAAGUACUCCAGUGUGGUCAAUUGUGGGGAUCAUAGCUGUAAGAUACAUUUUCCUGCCAAUAUUAGGUGUUAUAGUGGUCCAAGGAGCAAUCAAAUUAGGUUUGGUGCAAGCAGAUCCUUUAUAUCAGUUUGUCCUUCUACUUCAGUAUGCACUUCCACCAGCUAUGAAUAUAGGAACUAUGGCUCAGUUGUUUGGAUCUGGUGAAAGUGAAUGUUCUGUUAUAAUGCUAUGGUCAUAUGCCAUGGCUUCAAUUGCAGUUACACUUUGGUCGACCUUAUUUAUGUGGCUAGUUAUUUGAUUUUGUACUCAUAGACAUGGUUAUUAUUAUUUGAUUGUUAUUGAUUAAUAUUAAAGUUUAAUUUUAUA